AAGCUUGGCCACGCAGUCAGCACGCAUGUGCGGGCAUUGCCCCUCAGAUGGUUGGCUAUUGAUUUUUCCACCACAUUCCUUGGUGAACGCACAAAGAGCUCUGCUCAACACUCCUUGUAGAUACCCAUCGCAGGACAAAGGCGCAAAGCUCGGAGCAGUAGUAUCGGAAUUUUCAAAGGAUAUUGUCGAAAUCUCACAAAAAACAGAGGAAAAAUGCAUGCAAGAUUUGCUGAUCCCGAGCCCGCGUCUCCGGACAGUGAGGACAGAAUCGAAACGGAGUCGCUGGAGGCCAGAAUUGAGGCGUUCAAGCAGAGUCCCCAGAACAUGGCCGCUCUGCGGGAAGUCCUUGACGAUGUGGUCCUGCGGGCUGAGACGGAGGCCAACAGGCGAGCAGUUGACAGCCAGAAAUCGCAACAGGGCAAGGAAAAGCGACCGAGUUUCGCCAUACCAGAUUUUAAGAACGGCAAGGUGGUGAACCGGGCCCGAGGAUUUGUGGUGCGGAUCUUCGAUGCCAUAUGCAAUUGUGCCAACAACAAUGCGGCGGCGGCCACAACGCGAUUCAAGCUGAGGAGCAACAGUGGCGGAGGAGGAGGAAGUGGCGACGGUGGAGGCGCCAGUGGAAAUGGCAAGCGCCAGCAGUCCCAGGAUGAGCCGGAAACCCUGGUUCUGACCAAGAAGAAACCAGCCAGCGAGGGUAAAAAAAAGAAAGGCGUCACCAUGGCCGAUGACGUUCAAGCCGGCGUUCGACUGAUGGACUAAGCAAGCAAUAAAGGACGAUGGUGGAUCCUGCAAUGGGAAAACAUAAUCAAAACUAUUAACAGUCCCUCCCUGAACACUGUCCUUACUUCAGCAAUCGUUUCCUUGUCAUCCUACAAUUUGUAUGGGCCUUGCCCAGAAGCAUAUUCUUUGCUCAAACUUCUAAAGCACAAAUCGAAAUUCCAAGUCUUCCCCUGAAGACCAAAAGAUAUGGUGAAAGAAAUCAAUAAAUCGGAUUAUAUGCAAAUCCCUAUUCCAACCGAACUUAGAUUAGAUACAAAUUUGUUCAUUAAAUGAAUGAACAAAUUUGUGUUUGCUCAAAGUUCGUUUAGUAUCCGCAUAUAAUUCUAUGUCUAAUGAUAGGCCUCGUCAUCCUUUAAAAAUCUAAUCACGUUUUGCGGAGUCUUUAAAUCUUAUGUUUUAUAAAAAACUGACUUUUUUUUGUUAUUUGAAGUUUAAAGUCCGAAAAUGAAAUAAUUUAUUAUAUUUCAAAAAAACCUUUUGUUAAAAUCUAUUGAAUAUUUAAGUUUCUUCCUCCGCCAAACGGAAAUUGGGCUGAUAGGAAAGCUUAAGCUCUCUACACUAUGAUUUUAUAAACCUAAAUGUGAUCCCAGAUGGAAAUGUAAACAAAAAACUCGAAGCACAAAUAGCUUCUAGGUUAGUUAGGAAGGGAGAAUGGAAGAAAAAUCUUUUAGGAUAUACACAUGUACACUCUCAUACUCUCAGCCAACUUUCGAGGCCCUCCCACGCACAACACAAUCAACGGCAUUACACAAUCCCAAGGGAAAUGAAUGCCGAGCUUAACAACAGGCCUGCAAUCUCCACCUAAUUAUAACUGUACGAUAUAUCAAAUUAUAUAUACCUAUAUGUGUACACCUAGGUGUGUACCACCAACCUAUUUAGAUGUGUGUGUGUGUAGUAGUUACAAAAUAUUUCCAAAACCAGCUAACAAACGGUUCAAUAUACAAGCAUCAAUGUGUACUGAUUUUAUAUACAACAAUGUACUACUACUAUAUACAUUAUUAGACUCUUAGUUAUAUACACCAACCACUUUCUAAACGCCGCACAGGUUUCCUCCAACAUCCUCAUCAAUGUCAUCAACACACGCUCUAAUCGGAUAUAUUUUUGUGAGGCCCUUUUUGAGAGAUCUAUAAAGACACUAUUCUAUACCGAAUCCGAAAUUUUGAAAAUCGAAUACGAUUAAUAACUAAAGAGAGAACUUUGUACACAGAUUUGCAAGGCAACCAUUUUGUAUAAGAUUUUGCAUUUAUUUUGUAACCUCCAAAAUGCAAUGAUCUCCCUAAGUUUAAAUGUGUUGCUAAGCCAAUUGAGUAUUUAUAAAUUACAAAAUGUAUAAGUGUGCAUAAUGCGAAUAUAAAACUGUUGUAUUUAGUUAACAAUAUCAGCAAUAAAGUGUAACAAUGUUUGAAAUCAAAAA